GCUAUUGGCCGCUGUUGAUGUCACUCAGAUGAUCCUCAGCGCGGUGACAGAUGUCUUUGGAAGAAGGAGGAAAAAAAACAAAAAACAAACAUAAUCUGAGUGUGGCAGCCAUCUUGGUUCCGCUGGCUCCGGCAGGGAGAGAGAGGGAAAAGGGAAAGAGGACGGAGAGGAGGCCGGGCGGGGACCGACGCAGCUCGGAUGUUUGUUUGUGUUCAGUCAGGGUUAGAUUACUCGACGAAGCAGCCCCGCACUUGGGGAGUCUGUGCGGUGGGUAGUCGCGGUUUGUGGUUUUCCUCCGCGGUUUCACUCAGGAAACCCGCAACAAUCAAACCAGGAGGACAGCUAGCUUUGGAGCUAAGCUAACGGCUAGCCGGACCAGCUCGCUGUUCGGUGACCGAGCUGUGGUGACCGGCGGCGGAGUGAAGCUUCAGCCUCGCUCGGGAACAUCCAGGCUGACUGUGGAGAGCUCUGACCCAGGUCACACAGCGGGUCAUGGUGUGAUAACCCGGGGUAAAGUCUCCCUAGGUGUUAGCCCGCAGGAGAAGCUGGAGGCUGUGUGAGAAUGUGGAGCCUCGGCUUAAUCCCUCUCGGAAGCAUAAUCCGUGUUCAUGGAUGAAAUGUCCCGUUUAAUGCCUGACAAGGUGGCUAUCCUCCCGCAUUAGAUACAUCGACAGUCCCGGUAAAAUCCCGGUGUUCAAUUGUUGGUGACAGUCCGGGAUUUGAAGCCGGUUCCUCCCGCUGACAGCUGCAUCUCUGUGCCCGGGCCGGAGCUCACACACCCGGGAAGGACUCCGCUCAUCACCCGGCUCUUCUUCAGGUUAAACCGUGCACACCGGGCCUGCUCAGGUGUUUGGACCGGUACAUGGUGCAGAGACUUGGUGUCCUCUGCAUGAAGCUGUUCGUUUAAAGGGACGAUUAUACAGACCGAGUGUGUGCCCGAAAUAAAGAGUUCCGUCUGUGAGCAGCCAUGGGCUCAGCCGUCAGAGCGGCCUUCAGCCUACUCCUCCUGUCCUUCUGCUCAGGUGCGAUCCUGGGCCGCUCAGACACGCAGGAGUGUGUCCAUUAUAACUACAGCCCUUCGUCCUCCUCGUCAUUGUCAUCAUCGUCAGGUUUGGAGAGUCGGGGAAACCUUAGCAAGGUGGUCACCUGCUCAGGAGAGAAAGACAAGAGACUGCACUGCUUUGCCACCUGGAAGAAUGUGUCAGGCGUGAUCCAGGUAGUCAAACAAGGCUGCUGGCUGGACGACGUCAACUGUUACGACAGGGAUGAGUGUGUGGAGAGGAAGGACUCUCCUGAUGUCUUCUUCUGCUGCUGUGAAGGAAGUUUGUGUAACAACAAGUUUUUCUACGGUCCUGACAGCAACCUGCCGCAGAUACAAACAACAAACAAACCAGUGCAACCGAAGACUCCGGUGCUGACCGCUCUGAUGUACUCACUGCUUCCCAUCAUGGCCCUCAUCACCAUCAUCCUCUUCUCCUUCUGGAUGUACCGACAUCACAAACUGGCCUACCCACCUGUCCUGGUGCCGACACAGGACCCUGGCCCCCUCCCCCCCUCCCCCAUACUGGGACAGAAGCCGCUGCAGUUACUGGAGAUCAAAGCCAGGGGGCGCUUCGGCUGCGUCUGGAAGGCUCAGCUGCUCACUGAAUAUGUUGCCGUAAAAAUCUUUUCCAUCCAGGAUAAGCAGUCGUGGCAGAACGAGUAUGACAUGCUUAAUGUGAACGGGAUGCGACACGAGAACCUGCUGCAGUUUAUCGGAGCCGAGAAGCGAGGAAAUCACCUGGACAUGGAGCUGUGGCUCGUCACCGCCUACCAUGAGAAGGGCUCUCUCACAGACUACCUGAAGGCCAACGUGCUCUCCUGGUCUGAGCUUUGUCUCAUCGCUCAGUCGAUGUCUCGAGGUCUCGCAUACCUGCACGAAGACAUACCUGGACACAAGGACGGACACAAACCUGCCAUUGCACACAGGGACUUUAAGAGUAAGAACGUUCUACUGAAGUCUGAUCUGACCGCCUGCAUCGCAGACUUCGGCCUCGCUCUCUGCUUUGAGGCGGGGAAAUCUGCAGGAGACACACACGGACAGGUGGGGACCAGGAGGUACAUGGCCCCUGAGGUUCUGGAGGGGGCCAUCAACUUCCAGAGGGACUCCUUCCUAAGGAUCGACAUGUACGCUCUGGGCCUCGUGCUGUGGGAGCUCGCCUCCCGCUGCAAGGCUGCUGACGGUCCUGUGGACGAGUACAUGCUGCCGUUUGAGGAAGAGGUGGGUCAGCAUCCGUCUCUGGAGGACAUGCAGGAAGUGGUCGUCCAUAAGAAGCUGAGGCCCACACUGAGAGAGUGCUGGCAGAAACACUCUGGUCUGGUGGUCCUUUGUGAGACCAUCGAGGAGUGCUGGGAUCACGAGGCCGAGGCUCGGCUGUCUGCCGGCUGUGUGGAGGAGCGCAUCGUUCAGAUGCAGCGGCAAAGUAGCAUCACGGCGCCUGAGGAGAUCGUCACAGUUGUUACCAUGGUAACCAAUGUGGACUACCCACCUAAAGAGUCGAGUUUAUGACAAAGCAGAGGACCAAUCAGGACGGAGUAUGGACUCCCACAGUGAGCUUUCCGUCUUUGAACACAAACAGAGGGUGGGGGCUGGUCAGGUGACCCACCAGGUGAUCAGAUGACUCACCAGGUGACCCACCAGGUGAUCUGUUGACCCACCAGGUGAGCUGGAGGACAGCAUGUUGCCUUUAUCUCUCUCUGCUACACUGGCGUCCAUCCUCUGACAUCAGUUCCUGUUUUGUAUAACAAAAUAAAAUACUUCCUUUUAGAGUUUUUCUACACAAUUUGACAGGAAACAGUUUAAUGUUUUCAGAAUAAAAGGGUGACUGUGUUUAGUUUGAUGACGAUAAGAAACAGCUUGAAUGUCUGAAUCACUGCUGUUUAUUGAAACAGAUUAUUUUACUUUGAUGAUCUUCAUCAACAUCACAAACACUAAAUAUUUUUAAAUCAUUGAAACAUUUCCACUUUCAUCUUUUUAUCGUAAAACACCAGAAAACACACAAAGUGACACAUUUGAUUGACUUUAAAUAAAAUCUGAAGCUAGCUUAGUUUCAAAGACUGUUUAAAAGAUUCAAGGUUACCGUAAAGUCUGGUAUUUAAGACUCAGUCUGUGUUUGGGGUCUCUCAGAGAUCAAAAGGUUUAAAGUCUCUUCUUGUGUGAUGAUCUCGUGUUCAUCAGCGGUCAGUUAGUGUGCAGCUGUGUAGCUCUUGUAGUACCAUCAGUGUCCACCAGGUGCAGUUUGUAAUCCUGCAGGCUACCUGUACAGUAGUCGAGCUACCAGCUUAAGCUAACGUUGACAGUUGUGAAGUACAGCCCGACAGCCUGAGGGUCGCCCUGCCCACCUCCUCUGCUCACUCGUUUUUAACUGAGGAGCGACUCCACAAGCUUUAUGUACUGACCAGUAUACCACUGUCUGAUAUAAACGCACCAUGAUGACCUCAUGACGGAGGAAAGAUGGAAAACUCUGUCAGCAUGGUCUGUGUCGUUAUGUUUCCCAGCAUGCUUUGAGCAGCGAAGCAGCCACAUAUAAUACCCACUGAAUGGGGCGUAUAUUCAAUCCUGUCAGGUGGUGUUCAGAUGGUGAUGGACGCGGCAUGG